AUGGGCAGAUUGAUUGAUAUAACAGGAGAACUGGGCAUAAGCUACCUUGGAGUGAGCAAAUCCGCAACGCUCGCUGAAGCAACCGCGACGACAGCUGGAACAUUCGGAGAUGUGGACAGAGACGAUACCCCCACCUGUGAUGAUUUCGAACCAUACUUCUCAGCUACCAAGACUUGGAACUACCUGCGAAUUAAAAAGACAAAGCUUCCCUGGCAUAGUAUUGUGUGGUUCCCUCAGGCUAUACCCCGACAAUCCUUCAUGGUAUGGUUAGCUUUCAAGGACAGAUUAUCAACAGGCACUAGAAUGAAAGAAUGGGGAAUGGAGCAAUGUUGUGUCUACUGCAGAGAGAAGGAUGAAAGCAGAGAUCAUUUAUUUUUCGCUUGCCCAUAUACCUUCACAGUAUGGAUGAAUGUUGCAGAGAAAUUACUUGGUCCAGAGAUAACCCCGGACUGGGAAGAUACAGUCACCUCCCUGUUACGCCAGAACAGGAACAGACUCGAUGCUAUACUCCUCCGCUUAGUGUUCCAGACAGCCAUUUAUGUGCUGUGGAAGGAGAGGAACUCAAGACGGCAUGGAGGUGUGUGCGCACCUGUCGAUACAACUACUAAGGCCAUUGGGAAUAUAGUCAAGAAGCGCAUCUCAUCAUUGAAGUAUAUGGGAAACCAUAAGCUGAGGGGGCUACUAGUGAAAUGGUUUACUAUGUACACAUAUUAG